AUGGAUCCAAACCGUACGGUUUGGUUGUCGGUACAUCAUUCAAUUUCGUUAUAUGUCAUGUAACAACAUAGAUGCUUUCAGUGUGGAACGCUACGCGCAAUUGCGACCAGCACCAACUAGACAAGGCUUUCCGGACUGUCUUCAUGAAGGCUUACGACCGACUGCACAAGCGAGGUUAUAGGCUAUCAUCCUCACAAUGUCCCGACGGUUAGUGAUGUCUUCAUAACGCUUUAUUCCUUAAUUCGUGUUUCUUUACCACGUGGUAACAGAAUAGUACUAUUCUGUUGGCACUCAAUGUUUCAAUUGACACCGCAAUUAAUAUCCUCUUCUUUGAUUGCAGACAACGAAAGAAACCAGCCAUCCCCUGGGCCGGCCGGUCCCUCAACACAGCCCUAA